CCGCACUCUGCGCGGCUCCCGAUCGCUUUUGUUGUAAAGGGGAGGGCGCCGCGGCGGGGACAGGCAGCUGCGGCUCUGACAGGCGACAGCGCGGCCGCCGCGCUCCCUGCCUGCCUCCCGCCCCGCUGCACGUAGGGCUGCGGCGGGGACGCCCCUGGGGAGACAGUGCCCGAGCGGAGCCGUGCCGAGCGGAGGCGAGCAACAGCCGGGCCGAGCCCGGCGCAGCCCAGCGCGGCGCCGCUCCUGCCCCUGCGGGAGGAACCCGCCAUGGAAGUCAGCGCGGGGGGUGUGAUAGCUUACAUCAGCUCUUCAAGCUCGGCAUCUAGCCCAGCCUCAUGUCACAGUGAGAGCUCAGACAGCGGUUUCCAGUCAUCCUCUUCGCCUGUACCAUCUUCUCCAAACAGCUCCUCCUCGGAAGGUGGCUGCAAUGGCCGGAGCAGCGAGGGCUCUGACGGGGCACCCAAGAGUGAUCGGCUGGAGGAGACUAUUAAAACAAACCAGUCGAGUGUUGCUGGUUUGACAAAAGGCCAUAAUGGAAUCACAAAGUUUAAUGGCAUGGUGCUUCUUUGCAAAGUCUGUGGAGAUGUUGCUUCAGGAUUUCAUUAUGGUGUUCAUGCCUGUGAGGGCUGCAAGGGUUUUUUCAGAAGAAGCAUUCAGCAAAACAUCCAAUAUAAGAAGUGCUUGAAGAAUAACAACUGUUCUAUAAUGAGAAUGAAUAGGAACAGAUGCCAACAGUGUCGUUUCAAAAAAUGCCUGUCUGUUGGGAUGUCAAGAGAUGCUGUUCGAUUUGGCCGUAUUCCCAAACGUGAAAAACAGAGGAUGCUGAUUGAAAUGCAGAGUGCCAUGAAAACCAUGAUGAACAGUCAGUUCAAUGGUCACUUACCUAAUGAAGCCCUAACAGAACAUCAAGACCAAGCACCUCAAGAAGACCUUUCCUCCAAGCCCAAACAAGAGCGUGAAGCCAUCAAAAGCCCUUCUCCUAGCGCUGAUAUGGCUAAGGAAGAAGUGAUCGGUAUGGUCACUAGAGCCCACAAAGACACUUUCAUGUACAACCAAGAACAGUCCCAAAACCCAGCAGAGAUGAUGCAGUCCCAGAGUGGGGAGAGAGUGUCGAAGAAUGCUGAGCAGUACAUCUUGAGCAGUGAGCACUGUGUUAGCGGGCUCAGUGGCCCUCAGUACCCAGAAAGCGAGCAGCACCUUGGUGGACAGUACAAAGGGAGAAGUGCAAUGCAUUACCCAAGUGGGCACGCCGUGUGUUUCACAAAUGGCCACUGUAUGAACUUCACCAGUGGUUAUACUCAGCGACUGUGUGAUAGGAUCCCAGAAGAUGGCUUUUCUCCAAACGAGAAUACUACUUACUCUUGCAGCACGGGAGGAAGAAUGCAUCUGGUCUGCCCAAUGAGUAAGACUCCCCACGUGGACCCAAACAAGUCUGGCCAUGAAGUCUGGGAAGAGUUUUCCCUGAGUUUUACCCCUGCGGUGAAGGAAGUGGUGGAGUUUGCCAAGCGCAUCCCAGGUUUCCGAGAUCUCUCCCAACAUGACCAAGUUAAUCUUCUGAAGGCUGGGACCUUUGAGGUUUUAAUGGUACGGUUUGCGUCUUUGUUUGAUGCAAAGGAACGUACUGUCACCUUCCUGAGUGGAAAGAAGUACAGUGUGGAUGACUUGCAUUCAAUGGGAGCUGGUGAUCUGCUCAACUCGAUGUUUGAAUUUAGUGAGAAACUAAAUGCCCUGCAACUUAGUGAUGAGGAAAUGAGUUUGUUUACAGCGGUUGUCCUGGUGUCUGCUGAUCGCUCCGGAAUAGAAAAUGUCAAUUCUGUGGAGGCACUUCAGGAAACACUAAUCCGUGCACUAAGGACCUUAAUAAUGAAAAAUCACCCAAAUGAAGCUUCUAUUUUCACAAAACUUCUUUUGAAAUUACCUGAUUUGCGUUCCUUAAACAACAUGCACUCUGAAGAACUCUUGGCCUUUAAAGUUCACCCAUAGGCCUUUAGGUUUCAUUUGUACUUGGACUUGCCUCGUGUUAAACUGUUUUGUGCUAAAAUACGUAUUUAUACAGUUGUACCACUUGUUGAAGAGAGAGAGUUCACAGACUGUGAACAACUGAUAUCUGUCCCAUAACCAUGCAGCAAUGCUUCAGCAGGUGCUUUCAGCUAAGGGUGGCACAGCAGAGUACCCCAAGACAUCCAGCCCCAGCUGUGGGACACUUCUGCAGAAGAGGUUGUGAUGAGCCCAAGUAAAUAUGGACCGUUCUUUCACUUAGGAAGAAGAACCACCACUGCCCUCUCAUGUAAACUGAAUGCAGAAUAGCUGUGUAUGUGGGUGGGAACAAUCCUGUGCUAACAGGAAAAUCGAAGAGCUGAUUUAAUUGGUCUUUCGCUUAUCUAAUAGAUGUAUGUCUGUGUCUCUUGGUAACUCACUCAUGGUUUCACUGUUGUUAUUCCAUUAAACCUGAUGGAAUGAUUUCAGCCUGCACCAACUCUUCACUGAGUGUGUGUUCAUGCCAUGUGUAUAUAAUAUAAAUAGCUAAGUAAUGAGUGUUUAUGGCUAUAUAAAGUACAGAGUUGUGUAUAUAUAUGUGUAUGUAUAUAAAUAGUUCUAUACAUAAAGUAUACAUAUAAUUUCUUCACAAUAUUUUAAACUGUGAAGGAAUUUAAACUUAAAACAGAAGGUGAUCUAUGGAAAGAACCAAAUAGAUGCACUUUGCAUAUUGCUGAACUAAUUAUCUGAGCAUUUCUAAUUUUUAGAAAACAUCAAAUUUGCAUUAAUAUGCUGUGUUCGUUAAUUUAAAAAAACAAAACAAACCAUAAACAACAGAGUGGCACUAGAGGGGCAGAGUCAGAUUCAACUUUGGGAAGGGGGUUGUGGAGAAUCUCAAGUGGAGGUGGUUUGUUGUGGCACUAAUGAGAUUGAUUUUUCCAUUGCCGCUGAGGUUCUUAAUGGUCUGCUAAAGGUUAGAGAAGCAUCAGAUGCUCUUCAAAAACUUCAGCACAGCCAGAAACAAACUAUGAGAUAUGAGUAACAGCAUCUAUUAGGGAAAAAAAAUUAAAUGGGAAAAAUGUAUCCAUGAUUAUGUUUGGGUGUAUGUGUGUUCUGUGACUGUUUAUUUCUUGCAAUACAUCAUUUUGCUGCUUCAUUGCUUAAUGAGAAUUGAACACAGAAAUGUGAGAUUCCCCAUGUCUUUUCACAGUUUGGGCUUUGUGGUUUCCAUGCCUGAUCUGGAGCUCUCCGUUGGUGCGUGUUUGUGUGUAUGUGCAAAGAAGGUGCACAGGAUAGUCAGGAUUUUUUUCUUACAAAAAACAACCAAACAAAUGGGACUUUUUUUUUGUUAUUUAUGCCAGUAACAAAUUAUAAAACAGCUCCUCCAGGCUUAAGAUUCUGCUGCUUUUCCAUGUAGGAAAGCAGUUCUCUCUGGGUUUUCUCCAUUUGUAGCAGGACUUGGUACCAGAAAAGAGAAAUUAAAAAAAAGUCAAAGCCAUUGUGUUAAUUAGUUAUGCCUGUGUUUUGCUAAUGUGGGAAGAAGAUGCGCCAUUACCCUUGCGUUAACUUUCCUUAGAGGUCUCUAGCAUUUGGUAACGCUACUCUGGGGCAGGAGAGCCCUCUCAGUUUGCUACUGCAUUUAAGAUGUAUGUGGUAGUUGAGGCCAGGAGGCAGAAAGCUGCCAGACUGCAGAGCUUCUUCAGAGCUCCUGCUUGCCACGCAGAAGCUGCUCUCCUGCUGUGGGACCUAGAGCCGAGGCAGAUCUCUGAGCACCAGCAGCCGCGUAGAGGAGGGGAGGCAUGUGCACCUUGCCACGGCUCCAGUCACCUCUGGGAUGGGGAUUUCCCCUCGGAAAGUGGUAAGGAAUGCUGGCUGGGGGACCAAGAGCAGGAGAGGAUGGGUACUUGAGUAAGAGUUGGGAAAGAUUUGGCUUUAGCUUUGGCUGAGGAGCAGAAGAGCCCACCCAUUCCCCUCCUCUGCAGCUGCUGCAGGGAGAGCCAUUUUCCUGCUUCAAGCUACUUUUAACAGCUGGAUAACAGGCCCUGAGUACAUACAAUUUUGCUAUCCAAAAUGUGCUGUCAGGGCAUAUUGUCCUAAUUUCUGUUAACUGCAUCCUACCAGUAUUAUUUGAGAGCUUCACCAAGUCACACAUUGAAACAUUCAGACUUUAGAAGGGACACAGUCACAUGUUUUGUAUUACUUAGGAGCUGAAAUGACUUCUUUGUAGACCCCAUUUCAAGUGUUGAAAGUACAGUUAACUCUUGCUUGUUUUGGGAGGGAAGGAGGCUUCUUACAGAGAUCGCCACCCUAUAACUGUAUUUUGUUGUGUUUAAUUUUGUUUUCAUUUUUGUUUGUUUGUUUUCUUAAAACUGUAUUAUUAAGCCUUUAGGAAUGUAUAACCAGGACUGAGUAAUAACUGCUUAUUAAAUUUUUAGUUAGAUUGACCAUGUAUGCCUAUAGAUAGAUAUUCUAACUUGUGCGGUUUCAUUCGAAAUAAUCUUCCUGUACAUAAUGGAAAAAAACAGAAAAAAAGCCCCAAACAGAUUGACUGAACAAAAGAGUUGAUUAAAGUACGGUUCAAAAGUGACCCACGUAUUAUAGACCCUAGCUGGACUCUUAGAAGAAAAUGUAAACUCAUCGUGUUAGCUGUGUAUUGUGAGCUUUUCUUUUACUGUGUCACUGGUUAUACACUUGUUAAACGCUGAGAUAAUAGACUUCAUGCCAGGCAUUUGAGUACUGUAGAUUGGGUCUUUGAUGAAAGAUUAAUGUACUGUAUGACUUAAAUGAAAUUUUUAUUCUUGAUUUUGUUCUUGAUUUUGUUCUUGUUUCAAAAGAUUAAAUAUGGGCAUUAUGUCAGCAAGCUAA